AUGUUUGUGACAUAUGAUCCGGACGGAGAUCUGGUCCUGCUUCUCACACGAGUGGUAGAGCUGGCAGAAACAAACGAAGGAGAGAACCUGGGAGAUUCAGCAAAGACAAAAGCAGAAUCACGAGACUACUCGGAGGAGAACGAUUCAACCGAUGAACCAAACGCUAACAGCGAAGAUGUACAUAUGUUAGUCUCGUCCAAACACAUGUGUCUUGCUUCUCCUGUAUUCAAAGCCAUGCUUCAACACAGCAACUUCAAAGAAGGCCGAGAACUAGCUUCUGUUGGCAAGAUUGAGAUUUCCUUGCCUGACGAUGACCCUGAUGCUUUUGCAGUCUUGAUGUGCAUUAUCCAUGGCCGGACAAGGAAUGUUCCUCGUGAAAUCGAUUUAGAUCUCUUAUCGAGAAUUUCUACCCUGGUUGAUAAGUAUCAAUUACAUGAGGUAGUUGAAAUUAUGUCUGAUAGAUGGAUAUCAUUGCUUGAAGCCGAGUUACCAGAGGAAUUUACCGAUGAUUUACUUCCAUGGCUUAGUAUCUCUUGGGUGUUUGAAAAGCCAAGUAUCUUCAAAGAAGUUACUCGAAUUGCAGAACGACAAAGUAAUGGUAAGAUUGGUGAAGACAGAGAUGAUAUUCCAAUACCAAAUCGGGUUCUUGAUACAAUUCAAGAACGAAGAUUGACUGCAAUAGCCGACGCCUAUUCCACGGUCGAAACAAUACUCACCACCGGUAAACAUCAUUGCACCGCACCCCGUAAAGAUUCCUUCGAAUGUAGCGGCAUGGUCCUUGGAACGCUCCUCCAGAGCUCCACAAAACUAGGCAUAUUUCCCGUGCCAGAUCUCACUGACACCAAGCUCACAUUUAAUUAUGUCGUCAACCAAAUCCGCAAAGUGGAAGUGGUUGCUCUUUGCGAUAAAAUAUCUCCAUUCAGAGGGUUUGAGUAUCAUCAUUGGUCUACUCAUGGUGUCAAACAGGCUAUCGAUACUGCACUGGCGAAUCUUGAGAAGAGAUUAUCUGGAUUAGAUAUGGAGGAUUUUAAGAAGGGGAAGAGAGUGCAGCCAGAGCUUAAGUUAUCAGCAAGAGUGAAGGCGAACAAUUUAGACAUGACACAGUUGUCGCUUACGCCUUCUUGA